AUGACCAAAGAUGAACUGGCUAAAAACCUCGGGACUAUCGCUAGGAGUGGUACCAGUGAAUUUCUACGUAAUGCCGAACAAGGUGGUGGAGGUGCAGAUGGCAAUCUAAUAGGACAAUUCGGUCUGGGCUUCUACAGCUGUUUCCUCGUUUCCCCCACUGUACAAGUUUCUUCCCUCCCACCGGCUACUUCUGCCAACCCUACCCCUCAACAAUACACCUUCGUAUCGACCGCUGCUGGUGACUCAUUUGAGAUCUUCCCUGAUCCACGGGGGAAUACUCUGGGUAGAGGUACAGAGAUUAUCUUGAGUAUCGGUGAGGAAGACGGAGAAUUCUUAGAUCGACACUCGACAUUUUCAACCACUUUCCCCAUCUACAUCAAAGAGAGGAAAGUCACCAAGGAGCCUGAGACGGAAUCACCGGCCGAAGAAGGGGAUCAUGAUGAAUUGGACGAUUCUCUGGAUCCAGAUGUCCAAGUACCGAAGGAUACAGAACCUGUGGAUGAAGGAAGUUGGGUGAGAGUGAAUGAUAGACCACCACUUUGGAUGAGAGAACCUAAAGAUGUCACGGAUGAAGAAUACCGAGAGUUCUACAAAGCCGUGGCCAAAGAUCCAAAGGCGGAAACAUUAGGCUGGUCUCAUUUCAAGGGAGACACAGGAAGUGGUGUUUCAUAUCGUGGUAUCAUGUACAUUCCAGCUCAAUUACCCAAAGACUUUUGGCAAAAGGUCAAUAGUGGGAUUAACAAUGUCCGACUCAUGGUCAAACGAGUGUUCAUCACCGAUGAUCUUGGAGAAGAAUACAUGCCUAGGUGGCUUAGUUUCUUGAAAGUCACCGUAGACGCUGACGAUCUACCACUCAACGUGUCUCGUGAGCAGCUGCAAAAUAAUCGAUUCCUUCAACAGCUACAACGUAUCCUAGUGCGCAAAGCUCUUGAUCUAUUCACAAAGAUGGCCACCGACGAACCGGAAAAGUACCAAGAGGUAUCGAAAUUGUACGGUAAUGCUUUCCGGAUCGGCUUGAUGGAAAGUGCAAAGGAUAAAAUCAAACUUGCCAAAUUAUUAAGAUUCGAGAGUACCAGGACCAAUUAUACGUCUUUGGAAGAGGCAAGUCGAUUGUUCCGUUCAUACGGUUAUUUACUUACGAAUAUGGGACAAAAACAGAUUUACUACAUGGCUGGAGUAGGAGAACCUACCGAAGCUCUUGCAGGUUCUCCGUUCGUCGAAAAACUCAAAGCUAGAGGAUAUGAAGUUUUACUCUUGAAUUUACCCGCGGACGAACCCAUGAUGUCUACUUUGAAUAAUUUCAUGGGUAUGAAAACGCAAGAUGUAUCGAAGAAAGGUUUGAUAUAUGGGGAUGAAGAUGAAGAUGAAGCUGAGAAACGUGAAUUGGAAUCUCAGAAGAUCGCUUUUGCUCCACUGUUGAAUUGGCUCAAGACGGAGUUGUCGGGUCAAAUCAGUGAUGACUCGUACGGCUGGUCAGCAAACAUGCAAAGGAUCAUGGCUUCUCAAGCGGAAACAGAGUCUGACCCGAUGUACGCAAUGAUGAAAAACCUUCCAAAAGUUCUCGAAAUCAAUCCUAAAUCACCUCUGAUAGAAGGUCUUCUCGAAAGAGUUUUGGAGCUUCCGGAAGGUGACGAGGAUAUGGUCAGUUACGAGCUUGAAGAUCUACGAGAAACUGUCAAGGUUUUGUUCGAUACUUCUUUAGUAAGAAGUGGAUUUAGCGUAUCAGAUCCAAUGGCACGGUCUCUUGGGGUUUCUUUAUCGGCAAAAGGAGCUGUCAAAGUUAAACCCGCCCCUCCCCAAGCGAUGGGACCAAUGGAUGAAGAUGGUGUUGGGGAUGAUUUAGAAGGUUUGGGAGAUCUUGGAGAUUUGGGUGGUUUGGGGGAUCUUAGUGGAGAAGGGUUUAUGAACCAAGGUGAUCUAGGUGGGGAUGAAUGGUUGGAUUGGGCAAAGAUCAAAGCUGGUUUGAAAGAAGAUAAAGGGCAUGAUGAGUUAUGA